AUGGCUUCCGCAGAUGAGCUCAAGGCUCUAGGUAACAAGGCCAUUGCCGAGAAGAACUUUGACGAGGCUGUCGCAAAGUUCACCGAGGCCAUCGCCAUUCAACCCGAAAACCACAUUCUAUACAGCAACCGAUCUGCUGCUUAUGCUUCCAAGAAGGACUGGGAACAUGCUCUUGAGGACGCUGAGAAGACUACCGAGAUCAAGCCUGACUGGGCCAAGGGUUGGGGACGCAAGGGUGCUGCACUCCAUGGACAGGGCGACCUUUUGGGCGCCAACGAUGCGUAUGAGGAGGGAUUGAAGCAUGAUGCGAACAAUGCUCAGCUUAAGAGUGGUUUGGCUUCAGUCAAGAAGGCUAUGGAUGCCGAAGUUGGCGGACCUCAAGACCCUAGUGGCGGUCUCGGCCAGAUGUUCAACGAUCCCCAGCUGAUGCAGAAGCUGGCCUCCAACCCCAAGACCAGCGGUUUCCUCGCCGACCCCUCAUUCAUGGCCAAGCUACAGUCGAUCCAGGACAACCCCUCCAACGCCUCCGAGAUCUUCAGCGACCCCCGUCUCUUGACUGUCAUGGGCGUCUUGAUGGGUGUUGAUCUGGAGAUGCGCGAGCGUGAGGUCGACCCCAACGCCCAAGACUCCCCCAUGCCCGAUGCGCCACCAGCCCCCAAGCAGCCCGAGCCCAAGAAGGCCCCCGAGCCUGAGCCCGAACCUGAGCUGGAUGAGGAGGCUAUCGAGAAAAAGAAAAAGAAGGAGGAGGCCGACAAGCUGAAGGCCCAGGGUACCGAGAAUUACAAGAAGCGCAACUUUGACGAGGCCAUCGAAUAUUACACCAAGGCCUGGGACACUUUCAAGGAUAUUACUUACCUCAACAACUUGGGAGCUGCUUACUUCGAGAAGGGAGACUAUGACAAGGCUAUCGAGGCCUGCACCAAGGCUGUCGAGGAGGGACGCGAGAUCUACGCCGACUUCAAGCUCAUUUCCAAGAGUUACGCCCGAAUUGGUACAUCCUACGAGCGUAAGGGAGAUAUGGAAAGUGCCAUUGAGAACUACAACCGAUCUCUGACCGAGCACCGAACCCCCGAUGUUCUCAACAAGCUUCGUGCUGCUGAGCGUAUUAAGGCCGAGCAGGGCAAGAAGGCGUACAUCGACCCUGCCAAAGCUGAGGAGGCUCGUGAAGAGGGCAACAAGAAGUUCAAGGAGAUGGACUUCCCUGGCGCUGUCGCUGCAUACACCGAGAUGACCAAGCGAGCUCCCGAUGACCCUCGUGGUUACAGCAACCGAGCUGCGGCUUUUGUCAAGCUCUUCGAGUUCCCUAGCGCUCUCGAUGACUGUGAUAUGGCCAUCAAGAAGGACCCUACCUUCAUCCGAGCUUAUAUCCGCAAGGCCCAGGCCUACUUUGGUAUGCGCAAGUACUCAGAGUGUGUUGAUGCCUGCACAGAGGCCCAGCAGAUUGACCUAGAGCACCACAAGGGCGCCAAUGCCCGCGAGAUUGAGCAGCAGCAACAAAAGGCUUUCUCGGCUAUGUACUCUGCCCGUGAUAACGAGACGGAAGAGCAGACCCGAGAGCGUUUGACCAAGGACCCCGAGAUUAUGGGACUUAUGCAAGACCCCGUGAUGCAGUCCAUCCUUCAACAGGCUCAAUCAGAUCCCGCGGCUCUCCAGGAGCACAUGAAGAACCCUGGCGUGAAGUCCAAGAUCCAGAAGCUGAUCGCUGCUGGUGUUAUUCGUGUCGGCAGGUAG